CAACUAAGUACUCACCACAAUGACCAACAUCGUCAAUAGAGCUAUUCGCCAGUCCGAAAAUGUUAGGAAUCGGGUGCAUAAUCCCUGCCCUCCUGGCGCCCCGCGGGGACUUCUUAAUCUCAAGAACGUGUGCUCUCUGAACGCUUUGAUACAAUGUCUCUUUCACAUCCCGACCGUACGGGACAUUAUUCUGAACUGGAAAGCAGAAUGGAGAGGCUGUCCUUCCGUUGUGCGCAAAAUAUUCCUCAGGAUGAUGAGCCACGAAAGCACUGCCGACCAGGGACAGCUGAUGGUCCAUCUACUGCAAUGUCUGGCAGGAAACGGCGAAAUGCAAGACGUGAGCGAAAUGUUCACCACCAUACUUUCCAAGCUGGGGUGGGAUGGGUUGAACCUAUAUCCCAUUUUCAACGCAUGGGGACACUCACUCGCCAUCCCACUGGCUCACCUCCUCAGCGUGGACAUGACCCGCGGUCCCACGAGCGUACAGCAACAGCUAGCGCACGGAAGCCAGAGCGAAGAGUUCGGAAGGUGGCCAGAGUGUCUGGUUUUCGAGCUGAAUCGCCUGGACUACGCACGUCCUACCGUCAAGAGUCUCCACGAAUUUCACUUCCCGAUCACGCUCGAUGUUGGGCCGUACAGCGCCACGGCCAAACAAGCGCCCGUCUACAACCUGCAGUCCGUCAUCGUCCAUGGGCUCAGCCACUUCUGGGCGUUUGUCGUGAAGAACGGUUCUCUAUGGAAGUGCAACGACGCAGCAGUGUCGGAAGUUAAUCCCCAGCCUAUCGACACCUUUAUAACACAAGGCCACCAGGCCACCGUGAGCAUGCUCAUUUACAGACGCAGUGAUGCGUGGGGUGCCUCGGCCUUACCAGCCGCCUUCGAACACUCCUCCCAGGCCACACGAACCCAACCUGGCCAGCCGGCGCAGCCUCAGCCGCGGUCGCGGGGCGGACCAUCGGCCCCAGGCGGCAAUCCACAGCCGCCGAAUCCCUCCGCAUGGAGCAGUGGCGGGGGCCGCGGCAACAACACCCGCACGCGACCGCCUGCGGACAGCCCACCGGAGCCCAGCUCGGUCUAG